AUGCAGUUCUCCCUUGCUGCCACUCUUUCCCUUCUCACUUCUACCGAGGCUGCUCAAUUGUGGAGCAAGCCCUCUGUUAAGCAUGUCAAGACCAAGGCCGCGGUUGCUACAAGCUACACAUGGUCCGUAACGGGAUGGAGUGCAGGCUGUGCCCGGGCCGGCUGCUACUAUGACUUCAACAUUAGCGCCCCGGCCUUCUCAAACUCAGUUCCCGCCUUCAAAGCCUACUGCUCAGGCUUCGGCGAAGGCACCCCUUACGAUAAGUGUGAGCUCCUCGACAACAACGAAACGAUUCGCCAGGUCGCUGCACGCCUGGAGUCUGUCAACACCGGCGGCACAGGAGCUCACUUGGCCGUGAGCUAUGAGUUUGUCGAUCCCACUUCCGAGAAUGCAUACUGGAACUACACAGCCUACGCCGUCUCUGAGUAUUCAUCGCUGCUUCUGAAUUUCACCGUGCAGCCCACAGAGAUCUGGGGUGUUGCGUGA